GGGCGACGCUUCAUUUGUGGCGAAAUUGUUGAACCGUGCGCAUCCAUUUUUUCGGCUCCAUUUCGCGCGCGCGUAAUCGCGUGUUCCGCGUGUUGAUUAACUUAGCUGAACGAAAGCGAAAGUCCCAAGCCUAAGAGACUGAGAAGUGGCUGAGGCGUGUUUCGCGCAAGCGUGAAGACUUCUGGCGGUUGCUGGUUUAUCUAACAGUUGGUGGAUUUUUUUGGGGAAAACAUACAAUCAGGUGUCCUGAAAGUGGAUUUAUCGGUCGAGCUCUGAGAUAUGAGGCUGCUGAAGGCAGCCUUAAUGGCUCUGGUUGUCAUGGGAAGUGAAGUUCUGGCCGCUCCUUGCUGCAGGGGAUCAGCGGAUUACGAUCCGGAGAUGGAUCGAAUUGACCCAGUCAAAUCAGAGGAUUCCUUCAGCGAAGACGUCAGCCGAACGAAACGGAAAUUCAAACCGGAGGAACUGGAACGGGCAAACUUGAUCCUCAGCUCUUUGGAUGAGCCAAAGAACCAGGAUGAGUCUCAGCUUCUGUUCAAUUUACCGGGCACCACCAGAACGAUGCCAUCUCCAGCUCCCGGAGAUAAGAUGACAAAAAUGAAAAUGAAGCUACUGAAGUCUAAGAAAACUCGACAGGCGAGCGAUGAUGGCGAGGAAAAUGGCACCGGUGCCGAUGAGGAAAAUUCAUCCUUUGGAACCGAUGGCAAAGUGACCUUGCAGAUUCCGGGAAAACUGUUCGGGAACGCCACAAACCUUUUCCUCCACAUGGCAAAGAUCUUUGGUGAUUUUAUAACGAAUUCGGCAAUUCGUUCGGCACGUUUCCUCCAGCUGUUCCAGCCUUGGUUUGGUCGCAAUUUGUACAUUCAAAUCCCGUCGACUACAACCGAAUCCAACGAAGUGUGACAUGAGCGGCCGAUGACAGAUCAUGACUGUUGCUCAACUGUAUAGAUAGAUAAUAAGGCUGUUUAUUUUUUUCUCCGUCUCCUCAAAUUGUCGAGAUUUAUCACACACCACACGAUAUUUAAUGCUCAAUGUUAACGAUUCAUCAUUAGAUUUUAGGAACCAGUCAACAUUCCGUUGAUUGUCCGUGCAGUUUUCUAAUGUUAGUCCUUCAGAAGUUUUUUUUAUUGUCGUUUUUUGAAAGCUCCACAUGUGCCCAUUGGAUGUGAUUUUUAAUUUAAACGUAUAAAUAAAACUGUACAUUUUAGUGAAAA